GCAGAUCUUCCGACCUUCAUCCAAUUUUUCCCGACCCGCAAUUCCCGCUCGCCCUUGGCUGUGUGCAGGUUUGCGCAAUAUCCCUCUACAACGAGCACGGAACCAAGCCGGACACCCCGACCACACUCCGUGCGCCUCACUCUCUCCACUCCCCUGCACAGGCAAAGGCUUCACUUCCUCCUCCGACAUCACCACAUCCUUUCUCCGGCCCCUUCCUCCCCCGCACCGCCAGCGACCCCGACCGCCCGGCCCCCCUUCUACCGAACAAUUCGCCAGUCGUCUUCUCCAUCCGAUCCGCAAACAUGUCAUUCGCCCUUGUUUCCCGGCGCUCGGCCCUCACCUUCGGCCGCCGCGCGGUCCGCUUCGAGUCUACCUCCUCCCAGAAGGCUACCGAGGCCGCCAAGAAGACUGCUGCUAAGGCCUCCGAGCUCUCGACCAAGGCUUCCGAGGGCCUCUCCCGCGUCAGCUCCGCCGCCGGCCCUGCCCUCGCCAAAUACGCCAAGAGCCUCUCCAGCACCCUCGGCCGCGUCGGUGGCCGCACCGGCAAGCUGAUUGCCUUCGUCGAGCGCCAGACCCCCUUCGUCAUCUACUACAGCAAGGUCGCUGCUGAGCUUGGCCGCAUUGUCUUCAGGGGCCAGAGCAUGACUCCUCCCUCCGUCUCUACCUUCCAGACCUACUUCCAGAACUUCGUGAAGUCCGUCAAGUCCGGCUCUUUCUUCUCCAAGGCCGGUGCUCCCCUCCAGAACGUCCGCAACAUCUCCAGGACACAGGUCGCCGCUGCUGGUGUUCUCCUCGCUGAGUGCCUCGGCUUCUUCACCAUUGGCGAGAUGAUCGGCCGUCUCAAGCUCAUCGGCUACCACGGCGAGACCCACGCCGCCGCCCACUAAACGGACUUCCACCUUCCUC